AGCAAGAAAGAGAGGGAGGGAGAAAGAGGGAGGGUGAAAUAAGCUGACCAAGGAUUUUUCCUUUUCACUUUCACUCUUUUUCUUCUCAGCUCACUGACCCAACUGCAGCUACAAACGCAACAAGUACUAUCGCACAAUGUUUGGGUCCCUCCUCCUGCUUGCCUGUCUGUUUCUACAUCUGGUAGUCUCGAUACCUCAGCCGGCCUGCCGUCGAUGUUGUGACCACCUCCCACCACUAGAUGACACUGCGACGCUCAGAGAAAGCAUACCUGCGAUGCCCGAGGUCCGCACAUACAUCAACAUGACCAUUCUCAAAGGUGACAAAGGUGACCGUGGAGAAAGAGGAACUCCUGGGAAGCCUGGGAUUGAGGGUUCCCUGGGACCAAGGGGGACUGAAGGCCUCAAAGGUGAUAAGGGACAGGCCGGAGCCCCGGGCGAUGCCUGCAAAACCCAGCAUUCUGCUUUCUCAGUGGGCCGCCGGAAGUCCCUUCACAGCGUUGACAACUACCAGGCGCUGAUCUUCGACACCAUCUUCGUGAACUCCCCCGAACACUUCGACAUGUUUGCUGGGAAGUACCGCUGCCACGUCCCAGGAAUCUACUUCUUCAAUGUGAACAUCCACACGUGGAACCGCAAGGAGACGUACCUGCACAUCAUGCACAACGACAGCGAGAAGGCCAUCGUCUACGCUCAGCCCAGCGACCGCUCCAUCAUGCAGAGCCAGAGCCUCAUGCUGCCUCUGCGCGGGGGCGACGAGGUCUGGCUGCGUCUCUUUAAACAUGAGCGCCAGAACGCCAUCUACAGCGACGACGUGGACAUUUACAUCACCUUCAACGGAUACCUCAUCAAACCAGAAGCUGAGUGAGACCACAAACGGCCACAGGGAAGAGGAAGGAGUGAAAGGGAUGUUUACGGACAUGAAGUCUGAAAACGUGCCAAAGUGUUUGACGAGUGGAGCAGCUGUAACAAGAAUGAAAAGCGUUCAGACAUUUCAUAUUCGAUUUCUGUAGUCCAAACGAAAUUCCUAAUGCAGAGAAAUCAGCUUUUUCUACUUCAGUGUGGGGUCUUAUAUGAAUAGAAACGUGAAAGUUGUGGUCACAUUUCACAUUAGGACACUUACAAUGCAAGUUAGUAUACGUAGAAGAACAGGGUGACCAUACGAGACAUUUUUACAGAACGAGCCCUUGCAAGGAUUUCUAUAUUGCCUAAAAUAUCCAGGUUUAUCCGAUUAUGUACAAUACUUUCAUGUUAUUGGUCAAACAGCUUUGGAUGUUUUAGGCAAUAUAAAAAUCAUGGCCAGCACAUGUCUCUUUUAAAUGGCACACAUAGCCACCCUGUUCAGAAUAAAACAUCAUCAGCAUGUGGCCGUGGUAAACAAAUAGAGCAAGAUGUAGGUCGCUUUGGCAGCUGUGCUUUCCACAUAGCAGUAUUCCUUCUUUUCGCCUCCAAUGUUUUAAGCUUUAGCGCCAUGUCAUGUUGAUCAGUACGUCAUUUCAUGUUGGCUAGUGUUCAUGUUGGCUAGAGUCGUUCAUAGAGAAGUUCCUCUUUAUUGAGGACUCGCUGUGCGUCGCUGCAGUCAUCCAAGUCUCACCAAAGCGGUGAUACUUUUGAGUUUUUAUACAUUCAAGUGGGAGGGAUACAUACAGUAGAGGUGGAAACAAUUUAAACAACGCAUGCAAAUUAAAUACAGGGAUGGGCCUGAUGCUGGCCAUUUUCCCAUCUUUGAUCUUAUCAGCAUUACAGUGUCAUUUAAAUACAGAGGUGCCUGACAAUGUCGCUGAUACCUUCACAUUAUCAUAGAGACAAAGGCACAGCUGUGCCUUGAGUUUAUGGUCAGGAAGAGCAUAAAAACAAAAGGUCAUUAUCUCAAACACUUGAUUUUCCUGAUUUGAUCUUUUUGGAUAUGUCAGCUUUAUUACCUAAAAAUGUCUACUAUUAUAUUGGAACCUAGAUUAAAUAUUUGAUAAAUUUGCAAUCCCACAGUAGUCAGUAGACAUAGGUCAUAGCAGCAAAAACUUUGCCGAGAUUUUGUAAUCUAUCUUUGGUCACAAGACCGUGACAACGGCCAUCUUUGAGACCCUUUCACAGUAGGACCAACAUUUAGGAGCCACUACCAAUGAAAUCGGCACUAUUGUUUCACGUUGGCCAUCUUUAGUCAAUGACUGCCUAAAAUUGAAGAGUGUAUAUGGGAAGUCACUUUCAUAACUGAACCUGACUGAAAUCUGCAUUGGAAAACUUUUGUCCCUGUAACUCCCAGUCGCACGGAUUUUGACUGGAUUUAUAUCUCCAAACUGGAUGGAAAAUAUCUCAGAGCAAUGGUAAAUAUGACUGUACCUUAACAGCAUCCAAACUGAAUUCCAGUGGCUCUUAACUGAUGGAUCAGGAUCCAAAACAAAAUGAGUUGCAGGUCCAUUCUUUUGGUUUGUAACCGUUCUGUGGUUGACAUCAAAAUGUGUGUAUGGCUACAGUAGUUCAGUGUCAUUUUAUUUCACAUGGUAGAAGAUAAAGUUAGGCAGAUGCCAACAUGGUCAGGCUGUGUGAGGUGUUGUAAUCUUCAAAAAAAAAAAAAAAAAAAAAAAAAAAAAACGAAACAACAAUGAACAACUGUAUGCAAAACAAAAUAAAAUGUCUCUACAGACUAGGAAUCAGAUACGAGGUUUGGUGCUGAGCACGAGACAUUCUUUAGUGUCACUUUUGAUCAUUUUGAAGUGUUAGUUGAGAUCAAACUUUCAAAUGGAAAUUUGUAUUAUAUCAGGCUUAAGAAAAAGAAAUCCCAAUCAGGCAUUAGUGUGUUUUCGAUGGGUCCUGAGAGAAUCUGCUUUGAGUGUGUGUGUGGUUGUGUCUGGAUCUGUUUAUUGAAGGGAGGGGGCUUUUUGUUGCUGUUCAGCAGGAUGUAUGUGGCUUUCCUUUUUCAGUUGCAAGAAUCCACUUGAGAGAGACUCAUAUGAUAGAAAUAUAGACAGGGAGAGCGAGAUGAAAUGUUCUGAAACCACAAGGCACCGAUCUCUGCCCCAAUCAGUGACUUAAAAGUCUUCAAUUAAAGCUGGCACUAGUUUAUUUUUUAAUCUUAAAACCACUCCAGUCUGGACUGCAGAAUCCGGAUCACAGGAAUGUAGGGAUUUUACAAUAUUAACAAGUAAAGAAAUGGUGCUGAGAAAAAAAAGAAAAGAAAAAAAAAAUAGGUUGCAUUUUGGUUGCACCUAAAGAAUGAGGUGCUAAAAAAUUUUUUUUAAUUUGAACACAUCAGGUGCUAUGAACUACAUACUUGACCAUCAUUUUAAAAAGUUUUUGUUUGUAUAUGAAUAACUCUGGUGCUUAAUGUUAAAGUACUGUAAGGAUGUCUAACAUUUCUGUGAAUAUUUUAAAUGCCACAAUAAAGGUUUGUUUUCACUGA